UCCAUGCAGAAGUUUAGACAUCUGGCGAAACGAAUAGCGGGGGAGGGAAAGAAAAAAAAGUAUAUUAAUAGUUCAUAGAAGAGUCAGACUCAUACUCACCCGCAAACUUUAUGAGCUGUGAAACCAAGAUCUACGCUGAAGUCUGGCCAUUGAGGAUUUUGUGUCCCUGUUUCAUUGUUGUAAUAAGGACAGUUGACUAAUGAUGCUCUAAUUUGGCGAUUUGAAGAACCGUCAUAUUUUAUUGGCACCGCUAUAUGAUCUUCAUUUUGGGAGAAUUUGAUGACUGUGGAUUAACUUUUAGAACUGAUUACUGACAUUUUUUGGCAGUCGAAGACUAGGAUAAUCAAAUUAGAUUGAGGAUGGAGUCAGCUUUUGCAUUUCUGUGUUUGUUAACAAUUGUUUUGGCUGCGGAUCCAGGUCCACCGAGUAGUGAUGUAGAUGUAUGGAUAGAUCCAGCUCAAGCUAGAGAGCUCUUGUGUCGCGGCGCCACGUUGGAUAUCGUUCGAGGAGGUGAAGCCCAACCAAUCAUCCAGAAACUUCGUAACAAGCUCACCGUCAUCCCGCCUGAUAUCAAUACUGUCAAUAUCACAUGGAGGGCUGCACCUGGGUUUCAUUAUGCCAUCCACGCAAGAACAGCAAACACCAGGCUCAUGGAGAACCUUGCUAUCACAAUACCGCCCUCUGGAACUAUACCAACCUCUGAAAGUGUUUUUCAGGUGGAGCUACGAUGCACGGGAAGACAAACUGGUAUUGCUUCAGGUCGGUUUGUCUUGAAGAUAUGGGAUGAAACCAAACGUCUCAUCCCAGGAUCGCCACUUAGGAUUCCAUUCCAGAAGCAGUGCUGGAAAAAGGUCAAGCCGUGUCAUCCUCCGUGUGGUAACGGUGCUGUGUGUGCUGAUGAUGGCGUCUGUGAGUGUCCAGAAGGCUACUAUGGAACCAGCUGCAAACAUGCUAUAUGCAUCCCACAUUGUUUUAAUGGUGGAUCGUGUAUUGAGCCCAGUGUGUGUCAAUGUCAAGAUGGAUUCACAGGAAAUCGAUGCCAAACAGGUAUGGAUACAGUUCUUUCGUUCUUUUUUACUCAUAUAAUGUAA